UAAAGUCGUGACUCGGUUUGAAGGUUAAAAAAAAAAAAAAAAAAAAAGAGCCCGGAGAUGGCACAGCAACAGGAAGAGAAUGGUCCUGUGUACACAUUGGAAGAGGCACUCACAUCACUCGGAUUUGGCAAAUUCCAGUAUAUGGCGAUGUGUUAUGCGGGUCUUGGUUUUAUUGCAGAAGCAGCUGAGACUCAGAUUCUCUCUUUUAUAGGACCUGCUCUAAGGUCCCAAUGGGAACUUCCUCCUACUCGAGAAAGCCUUAUGACUACCGUCGUUUUCGCUGGCAUGCUUAUCGGAGCUAUUUUUUGGGGUUUCAUCUCAGACACUUACGGGAGAAGGAAGGGUCUUCUAAGUGUGGCAAUAGUGACUGCAUUAUCUGCAGCACUCAGUGCGUCUGCUUCGAAUUAUAGUUCGUUGCUAGCUCUGCGUAUGAUGGUUGGUUUUGGAAUAGGUGGACGAGUUGUAUAUGGAUCUUGGUUUUUUGAAUUUGUACCUUCACAAAACAGGGGCGUGUGGACGAUUAUCGGUACAGGUUUUUGGACAAUUGGAACAAUACUUGAGGCCUUAUUAGCAUUGAUGCUUAUGCCAAGAAUAGGAUGGAGGUGGUUACUGGCUUUAUCAUCUAUACCAUCAUUUGCAGCACUUUUGUUAUUUGUAUUUACAGUGGAAUCUCCUAGAUAUUUGUGUGCCGUAGGUAGAACAAGAGACUCCUGUGAUAUUUUGAAGAAAAUAGCUGUGGUCAAUAAGACGCAACUUCCCCCUGGAAAGCUUGUCUCCUCUCAACUAACUGAGGAAUUACUUUCUCCUGGAAAAAACAAAAUCUCAUCAGGCUUCUCAUCCUUAAUCAUGCUUUUGUCCCCCGCAUUACGUAGAAAUACCCUCCUCUUAUGGGCGGUUUUUAUUGGAAAUUCCUUCUCAUAUUACGGCAUUAUAUUGUUGACCUCUCUGUUUAGCAGUGGACGAUGUCAACACUUGUCAAUUGCUUUGCACACGAACGAUGAUCAGAGCCUUUAUAUAAAUGUGUUCAUCACUAGUCUUGCAGAGAUCCCUGGAGUUAUUUUAUCAGCUAUACUGGUCGAGAAAGCUGGUCGGAAAUUGACUAUGGCAGUUAUGUAUGCUUUAUACUUCCUAUUCCUUUUACCACUGCUUGCACCUCAACUGCCUGCUUUGACUACCACGUUGCUAUUUGGUGCUCGGACUUUCAUCAUGGGAAGCUGCGUCAUUGGGGGUGUCUAUAGUCGAGAGAUAUAUCCAACGUCUGUAAGGGCAACUGGUUAUGGAGUUGCAACUUCUGUGGGAAAAAUAGGGGCCAUGAUUUCUCCUAUCGUUGCCGUGCAAUUGGUAAGAGGGUGCCAUCAAAUGGCUGCAAUCAUAUCCUUUGAAGCAGUUCUAGUUUUAUCAGCAGCCAGUGCUAUGCUCUUCUCACAAGAGACAAAGGGUAGGGAACUAAUGGAUACUCUUGUUGUCUAAAGUUUGGACUUUCAUUUUACUUGUAUUGAAUAAGUUCUCUCUCAAAAUUGGAGAGGAAAAGAAAUGUAAAUAGGUUGGUAUCAUUUUCAAUUACUUUGUUGCUUGUCUGA